AUGUGCCUCGCAAGGGCACUUGCGGUAGUCUGGCGUGGUGGUUACAAUGUCGAGAUUAUGCGCUGCAGUGUCAUGGUUCGAGUCCCGCUGCAGUUGGCACUUCAGAGACUUUUUAUGCGGAUGGAUGAAGAGUGUGAAGGUCGACGAGAAUGCUCCGAUGAAGAGCAGAUCGGCGACGAGGAAACGGGAGAAGGAGAAUUGAGCAAAAUGAAGUUGCUACAGAGAAAUUGGGGUAAUGAUGAGGAAAGGCGAAUGCAUGAGGGGCAAUCUGCUGAAAUAAGUAUGGGACAAGCAGAUGAAGAGGAGCUGGACGCCUGCAAAUAUGCGAGAAUGACUAAAUUGCAACGAAUUCACGUGAUUCUGGAGCAUCGUGAGAGCCUUCUGGCGGAGUCUAUGGAGCUGAUAAGGAGUAUUCGUCGAAGAGGUCGACAUCUCGAAGCGACACUUGUCCCUUAUGCGGCAGAGUUUGCAACUUCCCUACACGACAAUCCUCCUUCGGUUUCCGGUGAGACGACAUCACCAAUUCCUUCCAACACAAUGGUUUGUCUCAUGUCGGCGGGACCUGCUGGCCUAAAUGGUUGUGAAGUGAUCUGGGUCCAACGGUCAGAGACGGUACAUGAGAUAGAAUGA